AAGUGUCCCUUAGAGUGUUAGAGAGUUUCUGUACUGAUUCGCACAGGGUCACUUUUUCUCUGAACUAAACAUGGACUCGAACCCGGAGCACAGCAAGGAGGUUGAUAUCUACCGCGAUACGUGGGUCCGCUUUUUAGGCUAUGCCAAUGAAGUGGGGGAAGCAUUCCGUGCCCUGGUGCCAGUCGGGAUGGUCUGGGCUAGUUACGGGGUCGCCACGGUGUACGUGACAGCAGACGCCGUGGACAAGGGCAAGAAGGCAGCUGCGGAACAUGGGGACGGGGCAGGGAAGACUGCUCGGGUGGCGGUGGCAGUGGUAGACACCUUUGUGUGGCAGGCCUUGGCCUCCGUGGCCAUCCCGGGCUUCACCAUCAACCGCGUGUGCGCCGCCUCUCUCUAUAUGCUGGGACGCACCACCCGCUGGCCCCUCCCCGUCCGCAAGUGGACCACCACCGCCAUCGGCCUGACCACCAUCCCCUUCAUCAUCAAACCAAUUGACAGGUCUGUAGACUUCCUUCUGGACUCCAGCCUCCGGAAGGUGUAUGGCAGGGGCGGGAGUGGGAAGCAUGAUUCCUAGUGGGGAGUCUGAACUCAGGGGCCUCAGAAGCACAGCGCAGCUCCAUGGGAACGGGGAGACCCAACACAGCUGCUGCUCUCUGACAGGGUGGCUUCAGGACUAUGGGACAUUGUAAUCAGCUAACUGAAAACACAGGGAGUGUGGGUGUUUAUAUUUCAUCAACUCAAGGCUCUUGUUAAACAAGGGAUUUUAUUUACUGUGUAACAUAUGUAUUAGUUGGAAAACUAGCGCUGGCAACCAGACUACUCCCCCAUGACUGUGAUCCAGUGGAUACAUUACUUAGAUUUGUACAAGUGGUUGUUUUUUUAUGUAUGUUUGCUUUACUACUGCAAAUUAACAAUGAGCCAUAGGGGGUGUACCUAAUGAUCAAACUGUAGCAGACUCAAAUACUGCUUUACUCCUUUAAUUUCAGAAGUACAGGAAGGGGGAAGGCAGUCACUGCAACCUGAGUACGCCCCGUUACAAACGGUUAUGAAUUAGGGUGGUGGUUUUAAGUUCCACCUCUGUUAGAUCAUUAAUAUGUACCCCAUAAUGUAUUAAAAGCCAUCUUUCAGGGGAUUAAACAUGUGAAACUCAGUCUAUGCACCUGCACUACUGUUGUAUAUAUGCAGUGAUGUAUUGAAAAAAGGCAUGUGCUGUUUACAGGUACUGCUGUACUGAAUUUUAUGCAGUGUUCCCAAGGUCAUAGCACAAGACUCCCUAAUUACCCCUGCUUUAGACGCCUGUGUGACACCAAUAGGACCUGAUGAGCCAAAGCUUGCAGGAAAUGACUGUUAAGGUAGUUGGACACAUUUGUAAUAAAACACAAUGCUACUAAGGAGUUAAGAGUUCAAAUGGAUUUUAAAGUCUUAGUUAGCAUUUAAAUAAACACUGGCACAUACUUCCAAAGCAUUGUUUUUUUUAAACAAGAAAAUCAUUUUACAAAGCUAGCAUCAGUAUUAGUGUUUUCCAGAAGUAUGUGAACUACAUUGAAACAACCACCAGCUCUCUUAUACCUCAUUACUGUUGUUCAUAUUGUACCUAUUACAUUUCUCGAUUUUAAAUGGUGCAUUAGACCAGAUGCUUUAGCCAGGCGCCCCACUGUGAUGUCUAUAAUGGUAGUGCUGAGGAUUGGUCAGGUUGUUCCUAAUAAAAUGCUCCCAUUUUUUCCCCUCAA